ACGCCCUCGAGCCCAAAUAGCUACUGCAAAGCAACCAGGAAGAAGAGAAUAGCGACUUGAGAGUUGUGCUUGUUUAUAUAUGUAAACGAACAGCUUGAUGACGAAUAAACUGUCUAAUUAGUCCAUGUUUUAAACGGGUACGAUUAUAAUGUGUUAUUAUUGUGGGUUCUAAAACCUCGGUCUGUUCGACCUUACGUUAUACAACGUGGACGUUUUUAGUGGUGAUGAAAAAGUCGAACAAAAAUAAAAAUAUCGCAGGAGGUCGUAAGCACGAGAAUGGAAAUGCCACAAGAGGAGAAACGGAGUCCUGGAAGAAACAGAAGCUGGUUCAGAUUCACCAAGCAUUCAACAGUGAUCCGGUGGACAUUGAGACCCUGCGGAAAGCAGCCGUCAGUGAUGGAGGACUGCUGACCAAUGAGCUGAGGAGAAAAGUGUGGCCCAAACUUCUCAGCAUCAACGUGUAUGAUCUGCCUCAUAGGCCUGGUCGAGAUGUGAGGGAAAACCACAAGGAUUACAACCAAAUUCUUCUAGACGUCAGGAGAUCGAUGAAACGGUUCCCUAAAGGCAUGCCAGCGUCCCAGCGGGCGGUGCUCCAGGAGCAGCUGACGGACAUAAUGCUGGAGGUGUUACGCCGGAACCCCCAGCUCCACUACUACCAGGGGUACCACGACGUGGCCGUCAGCCUGCUGCUGCUGGUGGGCGAGAGGACCGCCAUCGCCAUGCUGCACACACUCUCCAACCACCACCUCCGGGAUUUCAUGGACCCUACUAUGGACAGAACCAAGCACAUUCUGAACUACCUGAUGCCAAUUUUAGAACAGGUGGACAGAGAGCUACACGACUUCUUGAUCAGAUCAGAGGUGGGCACCAUCUUUGCACUGUCGUGGCUGAUCACAUGGUACGGCCACGUCCUAUCAGAGUUCAGACACACCCUGCGACUCUACGACUUCUUCCUUGCGUCCCAUCCCCUGAUGCCCAUCUACCUCGCUGCUACGAUUGUCUUGCACCGGGAGAAGGAGGUGCGUCGGACUGAGUGUGACAUGGCCAUGGUCCACCUCCUCCUCUCCCGCAUACCCCAGGACCUCCCUUACGAGCUCCUGAUUGGCCAGGCCCAGGCUCUGUUUGACCGGUAUCCCCCCCCUCUGUUGGCCAAGAGGGCGGCCCUUCAGUCUCGCACGAGCCUGUCCAUCAGCACCUUCCAGAGCUUCCUGCGCUCCACCCUGCACCAGAGACCUGACUCCGUCCUCCGGCGGAUCACCAGGGAGAGGGGCUGCUCCGCCUCCAGGCGUGGCCCGGGCGAGUGGGCCGUGGCCAGCGCAGAGGCUCCGGCUCUGGGCCGAGGGAACCGCAUGGUGAAGAUGGCGGUGUGGGGCCUGUCCGCUACGCUGGGGGCCGCCGUCUUCGCUGUGGCACAGACCGCCAUGCAGUGGGGGCCUGACGUCCUGCUGCAACUAUUUUGAGGGACAAGGGCGGGCCCUGGUGUUGGACUGGAUGACACUGUAACGUAACGUCACACAUGAAUGAGGAGAAUGUUGAAACGUGUGAAUGCAGACAUCUGCACAAAUAUGUGGCGGUGACGUGUAUUUACCUAGACACUGUAGGGCUCCCGGAUCACGAGUCGUCGAGCAUCAAGAACAAACAAACAAACGAUAAGGCUACGCAUCUUCCAUUGACCUACCAGGUGACACGCACUGACGCAGUGGUUCUGUAACUUGUGUGUGAAAGUGUCCAUGUGGAUCUUCUUAAAAUCAUGAAGUCCCCUCAGUUUGGUUUUCUUUGCUCUCUAAAGCUUCUGGCAGAGGCUAAAGCUUUUAGAGGGAGAUGGAGAGCGCUGAGUUGGGAAAUAUUUUCUGAAUAUUGACAUAAAUAAUGACUUAACUUUUGGGAAGUUGGUUUUUAGUCUGCAGUCUACUGACUUUUGUCCUUCAUUUGCCCUUAUUACUCAUCCUCACUUAAAAAAAUAGGAUGUAUAAUUUUCACGGGUUCAUGUGCAAAACGCAUAUCGCUUUCAGUUCACUCAACGGCACUUUAAUAAACUGUACGCCUCCCUGAGUUAAUGUGUGGGGCGAUGUUUGAUCCGUUGCAGUGGACAGUUUAUUUUGACCGUACUCCCCAGGCUUUUCGGGACAGCUGUCGGCCCAGUGAUAGUGAAAGAAUGACGCAGCGUCACAUGUCGCUGGUAGUCUGAAGAAUUCAUCAGGUCAGCUGUCCCGCUUCACGUGUUCAGCUUAGCAUAGCCUUCUUUAGCCACCACCGCUGCCCUGUGGGAAUCCUGCACGCUCACCGAUCGAUCCGCCAUCACAAAUGGAUCGGUUUCCGUUUUGAAAUAUGCACAGUGUAGCUUUAUUUUUGUAAAGUACGUUGCUUAAGAGCCUUUCAGAAACAACAUGCGAUGCCACCCAUCUCUGCCUUCCAACCUGCACAAUGUUUUGGCCGAUCGUGGAUUGUGCAAUAUUGACUUGUUAUUUUUUACCCAGCUCAUACUGUCGUCGGGGCAACUGUCAACACAGCUUCCACCUCCAAUCAGCUGUCAUCAGUUUUCCCCCUGCCGGGCCCGUUUGCACUAUUCUCCACCGAGCACGACUGUGUGCUGCUGCACACGCGCCACAGUGGCGUGGAGUGGCAUCGGCCCUAUUUCCCAUUUUUUAGAAGGUUUUAACAGACAGGGCCAUACAUUUUUUAUGACAAAGAGGCCAAGGCGUUCUCAGGGUUGCCAUUGCGAUGCAGUGACAAAGUUAUCCGACUGGUUGACAACCAGCGGUCAGAGGUGGCCUACUUCGCUACGACGUGCAGGGCUCGUUGUUCCAGGCAACGCAAAAUAGCUUCGCUCGUGCAAAGAAGUGUUGAUCUCCUGUUAUGCAAUUGACGCACUCCACCCAACCCUUUCCAUUCAUAAGAGCCAUCAAUCUGCCCGUCAACCGUGAAGGAUAACACCUGUGUUGACUUUGCCCAGUCCUAUGUCGCCCUAGCUGUGUGAACCAAUGAGUAUUCCCCGAAGGACUGGGCUAUCAAUAAUAAGGGCUCAGGUAUCACCACCAUGGUACAUCUUGUUCUUUGUAAACGUGUAUGGUAUUUAUUGUAUGCAUUUGAAUUUGAUAUUUAUUUAAUUAGCUUGACAAGAGUAGCUUUAAUUAUUUAUAUGAGAACCACUGAUUUGAUUGCAUUACGUCUGAAUGUCAAAGAUUCAAAAUUGAUAACUUGAUUGGUACAUUUCUUUUAAUUCGUUUUUUGGAUCUUAUUUAUUCCUUUUAGUGUGCGUGUUCAUUUCAGAAACGUAUUUUGUCGGAUCUCCACGGCUUUAACGAAAUGAGAUGGCACAUCACAAUCAAGUAUCGCUAUGCCUAAUGAAUGUUAAUUUAGAAGCAACUGAUAUUUCGAAUCAAAAUCAUAUAGUAAUGACCUUUUUUUUUUUUAUGUCUCAAGUCAGGCAACCCACAUGAGUGUGUGCCUAUGGAGAAUGUGCAGGGAACACCACUUCAAAGUUUUUAUUUCGUUCAGCAUAUCACUUGGUGACGACCAAAACCUCACUGUGUGAAAUUGUUUCCGUUCACAUGCUCUCGUAUUAUUUGCUCAGCUCACCCAAAGAAACCAAGCCAUAGUUAUAUUUCUUCGACUUGGCACUGUGAGAGGCAAACUACCAACCAAGUCGGUUGGUUAUAUAACCAGUCUGCCCGAACAGUCUGCCUGCCUAGGUACAUGCCCUUUGGUUAUAACCUCUAAUUAUUUUAAUAGUGGACAUGUUGACAUGUCCUAGCUUGUCACGUCAACACACGGACAUGCUGAGGGUUGAAUUGAGCUUGUUGGCUUCAGACAUUUGAAAAGGUCCCAAUAUCUCCUAUAUAUUAUAUACAUGAUGUACAUCUUUCGGCCUAGAUAAUGGCUGAAUAUCUCGUUUUCGGUUUGUUUUACAUCACACAGAUCCUCAGG